UAGAUUUAAAAAAAUUAGUAGAGUAUGAUAUGACUGAUUCUAUUAAAGAACAUAUGUCAACUAUAUUAGAAGUAAUUAAUAAGAAAUUUCGUGCAAUUCGAAAUGCUGAAAGUAAAAAGAAAAAUGCUGCAAAUAAAAAACAUAAAGAAAUUGAAGGUGUAGAAACUCAAGAAAUUUUAGUAGUAAAAAAUGGUGUUGUUAAAACAAAAAAACCAAAAAAAACACAUGAGGUGGAAGAAAAAGUUACGGAUGAAAGUAGUAGUGAAGAUGAAAUUGUAGAAUCUAGUCCAAAUUAA